AAUUCCUAUGCACAAAAUGGCUUCUAAUUUUGAUCACUCUAGCGUGUAAAACAAUUAUUUUUUAAUAUUUUAAAACCGUUUCUGGUGCUAAAUCUUCCAUAGCUGUAUGGCAAAAGGCAGCUUGUUUCACUGGGGCCCGUUAACGGCUCUGACAAUAAUUUUUACUCUGUUUAUUGCUAGCGUUUAUUCCUCACUAGUGUGGUGGCAGCCCGUCAAGUUUACAGGAAUUUUAAAUAUAUGUCUUCUUGUCGUGUUUCUCUUCUGUAUACUGUAUAAUUUUAUCAAAGCAGCUUGGGUUGGACCUGGUUACGUGCCUUCUCAAUGGAAACCAGUAAGUAAAAAGCUAUAAACUAAACUAACUUUAUUUAUACUGGAUAGUUCUGUAGACUAUAGUUAUGUAACUUACAUUCUAUAAAGGUCUACUAAAUUGUAUUUGUCAUCCCUCAUUGAUCCAGUGUUACUAUGGAAGGAAAGUUAAAAUAAACUAACUUUAUUUAUACUGGAUAGUUCUGUGGUUACGUUCUAAAGGCCUGUUCUAAAGACAGAAAAUUUUCUGAAAAUAUUGUAAAAAGUUUUCAACUUCAACAUUUGUUUGAACCUCAGAAAUCUUGUCUGCAGCUUUCUUCUCUGAAGUUUUUAAAUAAACAGACAUGCUGAAAUACAGCAUUUUACAUUUUAACCGAGGAAUAGUACCAAUGCAGCUUUGAACAACUGUCUUUGAAGGUUAAAUUGUUAAAACAGGCUCCAAAAAAACCUAAGUGAAGAACAAACGGGCAAGCUGCAAAUUUGUAUUUCUGUAUCUAAUUUGAUAAAUAGUAUUGUUUAUUUUUGUCAACAUUACACCCUGUCUUUAUAGGAAAACAUUGAACAUGCGAAAUUGAUGCAGUUUUGUCAAAUAUGCAAUGGAUCCAAAGCUCCAAGAUCUCAUCAUUGUAGACAAUGCAAUAGGUGGGUUAUUCACAAUGGCCAGAAAUCAUGGAGUCAUGAUUAUAUUUUAUUUCCUUACUAAUUUGCAUAUCAUGGAUGCAUAAUCCGUUGAAAUAUGGCUUCUGCAGUAAACAUAAUCCGUUGAAAUAUGGUUUCUGCAAUAUAAUUCUAUUACGCGAUGCUGUAAAUUGCAAAAACAGAGAAUACGGUAGGUUUUUUGCAAUUUGCCUCAAUUGCUGGUCGCAGAACAGCCUGGUUUAAGUUACUACCUAUUCUGCAUUUUCGUUUGUUCCUAGUGGCAGUAUUCUUAUAUAGAGUUAAAUAGAUAAAUGCCGUGAAAACUAACCUCUGUACAAAUAUUGAAAAUGCAGAAUGGGUUAAUUUCCAGAAAACAUCCAUACCUCUCCUACGGAGGAAAUUGGAAGUUAACUCACCUUCCCCCUUCGGAUGUCCUAAUACAUGUCUCCCCUCCCCCUCUGGACGGCAUAAAUUUCCUCUGUGGAGGGAGUGUGGAUCUUUUCUGGAACGAACCAAUAGGCAGUAACUGAAAUCAGGCCAACCUUACACUAAAUACAUACUUUGACAGACUUUGUAUUUUGCAGCCAGCGAUUGACAAUUUUUGAGUACUUUUUGCCAUGCGCGAAGAGGCUUAAUUGUGUCAAAUGUUUCUCUCUUUCUUCAACAGGUGCGUCAUGAAAAUGGAUCAUCAUUGCCCGUGGAUAAAUAAUUGUGUCGGACAUAAAAAUCACAAGAGAUUUACGCUGUUUUUAUUUUUUGUCAUAAUUGGUUGUUCCUAUGCUGCGGUUUCUCUGAUUGGCUGCGUCGUUGAAAUAUUCUCAAUAGUAGGUAUCUGGUUGCCGAGCCUGAAAAACGGUUGGACAUCGGACAUUUUCCGACCGAAUUAAUUACAGUUUGUCCGCCCAAAUUGAUUACACAUUUUGUCCGGUAAAAAAAGAGCAAUCAGUUGUCAUAAAAUAAUGAUUUAUAAAGUAAUAUUUUAAUACUGAGUUACUGACGUAAUUUGAAUUUACAAAAUGAAAUCGAAAAAAUGUCUGAAAAAAUCGAAAAAGUUUUCAAUUAAAUGUCAAUUUGUCAUUUUUUCAUGUCCCAUAUUUGAUUUACGUUGGACAAAGUUACAGUUAGGUUGGACACCAAUUCACUCGGGUCGGACAAACAAUAAACCUUAGUUUCACUUGGGUUGGACAGAAUGUCCAGUGGUUUCGUCUCUACAUCGGACAAUUUCACGAAUGGGUUGGACAAUGAUCGAUAUUUGAAGGCCUGUUAGUAAUUUAAUUAGGUUAAUAAUCUUUAAACAUGAUAUUUUUUGCAGUAAACAAUUUUAAUAAUUAAAAAUGUAUAAUGACUCUUUUAGAGUAUAAACAGUCUUAAGGAUUCAUUGAGACAAGCUCUUAAUAGAAAUUCAGGAAAUUUCAAACAGACACUAUCUGAAUUUACCCAGGUACUCAAUAAAUACUAACUAAUAAACUAAUUAAUCAUACUUUUCAAAAUUUAAAUGUUGAACAAACUGCUUCCAAGAUUAAUGAUUGAUAAUGUAACAAUGUAACACUAUAAAUAAUGAUAUCACUAAUGAUCUGUCUCCUUCAACUAGCCUCCGUCGCAUACUUCAAAACAUGUUACACAUGUUAAAACAUGUGUUUUGAAGUAUGCGACGCAGGCUACCUUCAACUAGCUAUGUCUGCUAUUCUCACUUGUAUCCAGGGGCGGCGGAAUUCAGUUUGGGGGGGCUAAAUUUUUUUUUCCGUGACCUCCCCCCCCUCGCCAAAAAAAUUUCGGUCAGUGUACCAUUUUAGGGCUAGAAAAAUUUUUCUGGACAUAUACAAGAAAAGGGAUGAAAAAAAAUUUUCCGGACCUAUAACAAAAAAUUUUUCCGCAAAUACUCGAUUUUUAAACAAAAUAUCCCAAAUUUUUCCCAUUAUACCUAAAUUUUCCAAAAAUAACCUACAUUUUUCCUUAAUUAUCAAAAUUUUUCCAGAGAAAACAAAAUUUUCUGGGGGGGCUUAGCCCCCCCACUUUUACUUCUGGGGGGGCUUUAGCCCCCCUAGCCCCCCCCUGUUCUGCCGCCACUGCUUGCAUCUGAUCUUCUUAUGUUUGUGAAAGCUUAUUAAUUUCUAAAAUUAAUCCAGUUGCUAAUGCUUAUAUGAGAUAUACUGUACUCCUAAUCUUAACUGUUAAUUACUAACUGCAUAACAUUAACAUUUUGGGGGAUAUUUGUAAUAUUUGGGCCAUUUUGAGAAGAAAUGUAAUCUAUCUUUUAUUGAAAAACACUCCUCUAGAUAAACUUUUUCACUGUCAAAGUGUCUGGAUAUGAAUCAUGUGAUGUCAUUAGAUGAAUUGAAAAUUAGUUUUCCUUUGUCUUUUUGCUCCAAAAAUUCAUCUAAUCACAUCAUAUCUGGACACUUUGACAGCUGUGAAAAAGUUGAUGAAGACAAGGUUUUUUACCAUAAAGAUAUAUUACAUUUCUUCAUAGAAUGACCAAAUAUUACAAAUACCAAAAAUCAUAGUUGGGGUUAGUGGCACUUUAAUUAACUAUUCACUGACGUUUGUUUAUUAAAUUACACUGACAAGCUUUUCCUCGCCAAAAGGCCCGUUUACACUUCUAAUAACUUCUUGUUCUUACCAUUUCUAAUACGAUUUUCUUCUUCUGAUACAUGUGAAAACAGGGCCUUUUUAACUAUAUAACUGGGGGACAAAGCCCUCCGCAGCCCCUGGGUCCCCUCCUCCAAUCAACCAUUUUGCCUCCCCCCCCCCCAGUCAAAGUUCCUUUUCUCUAAAAUUUAAGCAAAACAUUGGAAGAAAAAUAAAUUUAGUAGAAGUUACGGGAGGUUUGAUAUUCUUAGUAACUAAAAUUUGCUUUGUGAAUUUUAUGUUCUGUCUUUUAUCUUCAAAUAAUUCAAUGUCUUUUUAAAAAUGGUAAACAUUGUGUUAUAAAUACCUUAGAUAGUUUAAAAAUUGCCAGUGGAUAGCAUAUCCCAGACCCCAUAGAUUUGAGUUGUUGGAAGGUUAGGUUAAGUUGUGGUAUUUACAUAAACAUACCAUGCAAGUACUGAACUGAAGAUUUAGUCUAUCCACAGUUCAGUAUAAUGUAACGCUGUAUAUCCAAAAAUCUGUUUCAGAAAACGCACGAAAUGCAGUCCUAGGUCCCCAGACCCGUCCCCCUUCUAUUACAUACCACACCAAACGUUUUGUCACCAACAAGCAUCCGUCGUUCCUCCACACUCAUUAUAGUAUGGUCCCUUUUUGUACAGUAGAUGUCCCCCACGGAUGAAUUCUUAAAAAAGGCCCUCUGUGAACAAGUAGAUAACUUACAAAUGUUCUGAGUAUUCGUAUCCUUAUCUGAACAUUCAAAACUCACCCACUCGUUCACCAGCAAAAAUUGCAAAUGUAAACGGAAGAAAUGUAUCAGUUUUUAGUUACGUUCGUUAUAUCAUAGCCUGCGAAACUCAUUAGAAUAACAAUAUAACUCAUUAUCUAUGUUACUCAACGUUUAUUCAUAAAUCUGGUCCUUCAUCGUCACGUGUGUAUUGUAUUUUUUCCAAAUUCACCAAUAGCAAUUUCCAAUUGACCAUAUUGUUCGAGUUACGGAUAGGUAACUUUUCUUUAACAUUGCUAUUGGUUAGUUGGGCAAAAAUACAAUACGCACGUGGCGGUGAAGGACCAGAUUUAUGAAUAAACAUUGACUAACGUAGAUAAUGAGUUAUAUUGUUAUUCUAAUGAGUUUCACAGCCAUCUUCACUUUGAUAGGCUAUGGUUAUACCAAGCUCAAUCUCAGUCUUCUGUUAAUAUUUCCUCAGGUAAAUCCUAUUGCCUACAGAAGAAUGAUGGAAGAACAGUUAGUUCCAUUUGGAUUCUAUCAUCUUCUUGGCACGAUAUUUUGUAUUGGUCUAGAUAUUGGUGUUACAAUUGCUGUUGGUAUCUUACUAUAUUAUCAGGUACGUUGCUUGGCUUUCAACUACACGCGUAAAAACGCACAGCUUGUAACAAGUCUGCAAACAAGUUGUUACAAAUCUGUUCACAAGCUCUCAACAAGUUGUGUUCGCACUGCUUGUUCCCAGUUUGUUGUAACACGUUUGGAACAAGCUGUUAACAACUUGUAACGAGCUUGAUGGCAUUAUCAGCCUUGUUACAAGACUGUGCCAACAAGUUUGUUACAGCCAUGAUAUAACAAGGAUGUUACAAGGUUGUCAACACAAGGUUGUAACAAUCUUGUUAUAUCAAGCAUGUAACAGACUUGUCAGAACAACCUUGCAACAAGUCUGAUAAUGGCUUGUUGGCAGACUUGUUACAAGAUGUGAUAUUUUUGCGUGUGUAUAGUAGCAUAUAGAACAAUCCAAAUCACAAGUUUGUUCGACAUGUUCAUAUUCAUGCGUGAACUUUAUUUAUUUAUUUAAGCACGGAGGUCUGUCAUCUAAAUUGAGAUGACCUUCCCAGGCGCUGUGACAUUUGAAUUAUUUACAAUAUUUAUAAAAAAAUGAAAAAUUAAAGCUAUGUACAUUAAACAAUUAUUGAAUGAGGUCGAGUAGGAUUAUAUCCGAGACUAAUUUUUCAAAAAGUCGGUGUUUGAUUUAGGGCCUUUUGAUUUCAUGACCUCGUGUACCAUAACUGUGAGUUAAAUUUGCUCGAUUAAAAACGGCCGUGAAAGAUAACACCUAAUUUUUGGAAUAUUUUGAACAUUUAUAGACAAGAUUUUUGUUUCAUUCCCCUUUCUUCUAUAGUGUCGGCCAAUUUAAGUCAUUCAAAAUUUGGGAAGAGCGUAUUUCUUGCAGACUUGUAGCAAUGCUGUUCCAACAAUUUGUCAACAGGAUGUGUUCGCACCGCUUGUUCCCAACUUGUUGACAAGUUGUCAACGGCUUGUUGACAGCUUGCUACGAAGUUCGUGAGCUCAACAGAUUGUUACAAAUUGUUCCAACAACUUGUUAUCGUCCUGCAAUUCAACAAUUUGUCAACAAGUUGUGAGUGAGAACCUUGUAGCAACUUGAUAAAAUAACAGCAUUGUUACAACUUGUUGACAAGCUUGCUACAAGCCUGUUGCAAACACAUCUUGUUGACAAGUUGUGAGAUUUUUACGUGCUUACUUGAAAAAAUUAUCGAGCGAAAACUCUUCGUCAAAGCAAGUAAAACCUUCCAACAAAAAUAUUUUAUUUUUUUAUAGGUUCGUGACAUUGUUCGAAAUGAAUCUGCUAUAGAAGCAUGGAUUGUUGAAAAGGUACCAUUUAGUUAUCAGCUAAGAUACCGGACAUAGACCGAUUGAUAGACUGUGACUAAACAUUGUAUUGUUUUUUCAAUUCCUGUAAAUUUCCCAUGUCAUCUGUAUUCUUUUGUUAGGCUGCGUAUCGGUCCAAAAACGACUCUAAAUUUAUUUAUCCGUAUGAUCUUGGGCGAUGGGAAAAUUUUAAACAGGUUGGUAGGUCUUGUUAAGUUUCUCAUUAUCUACAUCCUGCCUCGUCCCCAGGCUCCAACUCAGACACGCGGGUUCCGACGCAAGCAUUGGACGGCUUUGGACGAAACGGCGCAGCAAAUCAAAGCGCCUGGGGACGAGGCUGAUCUACAUCUACAUAUGUUAAGUCGGUAAAAUUCAUUACGGACAUCGCACCAACUAUUUACACUAAAAUAUUAGAAUUACUUGAUUUCUUUUUCUGUGUUGGUGUAAUGUACUCAGGUGAAUAUGAUGUUUGUGUUGUUACUCUGAGUGUAUAUCUACACCGGGCAGGCUUGAAAAAUAUGCCUGGCCACGGUGGGAAUCGAACCUACGACCUUUGGAAUACUAGUUCAAUGCUCUGCCAACUGAGCUACGCGGUCAGGUCGGUUCGAGUAUGUGAUAUUUCGGAACUGAGUCCAGUUCCUUCGAUAUCAAUGCAAUUAAAAUUACUUGUUAUCAACAUUAAAAUCCAUUGUUAAUUUUAAAGCAGACAUUAAAAAAUCAUUAAGGUUAGAUUUAAAAAGUUCGAGUCCGAAAUAACUACAUUUUCAGGCAACUCGUUCCAUUCUUUUAUUGUUUUAGGGAAAUAUGAAAAUUUGUAAACAUCUACCGUAACUAAAAAUUAUUAAAUAACUAAAAUAUUGAUACCUGGUUGUAAAUCUAACGCAAUGGUCUCCUUGCAUUCAUUCUCAGUUAUAAUUUUCAGGUGAUCCAUUUUAAAGGUGAUUAUAUUGGUGACGGAUUUACUUGGCCUGUAAUCGAUGGAUGUGAUCAAUAUACACUAACAGUAAGUGUUUAAAAGCAGAAUUUUUACAGAUUAUUGUAUAAUGUCCAUGGUAAUUGUAAUGGCAGGUAAGUAAACAAGCGAACGGGGCUGUGCUGAUCAUCCUUACUUGCAGCUGAGAUCUAAGCUGGUUUAUGAUACUUCUUUCUGUAGGUUGAACAGUUGAGGCAAAAGCAAGUAAAGAAACAUUUCGCUGUGAGUAUAACAUACAUGCUGUUCAUAUAAUCGUUCAUGGUCAUUUAAAGCUUUGGUCAAUCGAGAAUGAGGGUCACUAAUUCAAGCAUAGAAAAAGUAUGGGACCACUGAACCAUUUGGUCCCAAUUUUUGGAUGGAGACAGAGAAAGGGCAAAUACGCCUCGUUUCUAGUUUUUGCUAAGUUAACUGUCAAAGUGGUCACAGAAAGAUACUAUUCCCAGUUGUUGUAACAAGUUUGAAACAAGCUGUUAACAACUUGUGACAGGCUUGAUCGCAUUAUCAGACUUGUAGCAAAGUUGUUCUAACAAGUCUGACAAGUGACAACAGUCGUGAUACAACAAGAAUGUUACAAGGUUGACGACACAACGUUGUAACAAUAUUGUUAUAUCAUGACUGCAUCGGGCUUGUUGGAACAACCUUGCAACAAGUCUGAUAAUGCCAUCAAGGUUGUUACAAGUUGUUAACAGUCGAUUCCAGGCUUGUUGACAACUUGUUGGCAGAUUUGCUACAAGAUGUGAGAAUUUUGCGUGUGUAGUCAAGCAGAGUUAAUCUCCGUUUUCAACAAUUCUAUCCAUUUACAUGUUCGCGUUGUAUUUUAUUUUCUAGGUAGAUUAUAAGAGUAUAGAAGGUUACAAUGGUAGUUUCUGUGGCUGGCGACAGGGCUUUCGUACGUGUUUAGCUUUUCCGUGGUCUUUGGAAAAAAGAUUAAGAUUUCAGAAGGAAGAGAAUCUUCUUGUCACGCGGUGGAGAAAGUAUGUUAAAAUGGUGCCCACAGAAUAUAAUCCAUUGGAUGUUGUACACACGUAAAAACGCGCUAGUUGUUACAGAUUUUCAAACAGUUAAAACAAGGUUGUUGUGAAGCCAAUAUCAGGAUAUGUUCGCACUGCUUGUUCCCAGUUGUUGUGACAAGUCUGGAACAAGUUGUUAUCAUCUUGUUACAAGGUCGGUGACGAUAACAGACUUGCUACAUGUUGCUCCAACGAGACUAAUACAGGCUGUUCGUAACAAGUUGCUACGAGCUUGUUGUCAUUAAAGUGCCUAUGACACGAAAUUUCACCCCAAAGGUUUAUGAUUGCAUUGUAAAGAUCACUUAAAAUGACUUCUAAUAAUUUCUUUUAUAGAAUUUUGGUAACUUGCUCCCUUUUCAAGAUAUUCAACUUUGUUUCAUAUGCAAAUAUCACCGGUGUGACAUCACAUCACAUAAUGAGUUUUCUGAAAAGUAUAGUUUUCUUGACGAAUACGUAUCUAAAAAACUUAACAAUAGCCCUUGUAUAUGUAUUAAUUUCAUAACUGGUAAUUAACCCUCUGUAUUUGUUUGUAAAAGUAUUUUAUCAAGGUAAAAUAUUGCGUUUUCAAAAUGUCAUUAUGCGAUGUGAUGUCACACCGGUGAUAUUUGCAUAUGAAACAAAGUUGAAUGUCUUGCAAAGGAAGCAAGUUACCAAACUUCUAUAAAAGAACUUAUUAAGUCAUCUUAAGUGAUCUUUACAAUGCAAUUAUAAACAUUUGGGGUGAAAUUUCGUGUCAUAGGCACUUUAACUUGUCAACAACUUGUUACGUGCAGACGAUACCAGACUUGUUGGAACAACUUGUUGCGAGUCUGUUGUCCUCAUCAACCUUGUUACAAGACGAUAACGACUUUGUUCCAGACUUGUCAACAACUGGGAACAAGCAGUGCGAACACAUCUCGUUGACCAGCUGUGAAAAUUUUACGCGUGUAUCAGAUAUAAAGUACAAUGGCUACAUGAUUAUCGUGAAAUCUUAAUGAUAUAUUUUUGCAUUCACUUUAUAAAAUAAGUAUUCAUUUUAAGUUCUUUGUAGGUAAUUUGCAUGGCGAUAAAACAUAUAAUACUAUUGUUUGUGGAAAUACCACGUAAAUUUAUUACUGUAGUAGUAAAUUUACGUGGUGUUUCCACAAACAAUAGUAUUAUAAGUAUUCAAUUUAUUGAUUAACAAAAACCCACAUUAUUUUGAUAGGUAUUGGUUAUAUGGCAUGAAAAUACAAGAAGAGGAAAAUUCAGGUAGCGAAUUUUUGCGUAUUCAUAUUCAAUGUUCUCCAUUAUUAGCUUUGAGCAAAGAAGAGCGAACUUCUUGCUACCGUGGAAAUCCGACCUUUAUGCAGGCGUGGAUCUGCUGUGGGGGUUCAGGGGGGGGGGGGUGCGCGCCUCACCUAGUGGUGUCUAGCAGCUCCUUACAGAAGUCCAGCGCUACCCCAAAAAUCUGCUUGACUGUACAUUUCCUGCUUUUCGAAUACUACUGCUGUUAGCGGCUGUCGAUUUCUUGAAACAAUUCAAUUGAUUUGCGAGAUCACUAGAAAACUCUCCGAAUGCCUAAGUUAAAUAUCAUGGUCAAAUAUGUAAACAUGUCGAGGUUGUUAUACAGCCAUUUUUCAAAUUUUACUGUACUGUGCUACAGCAACUGUCCAGUCACGCAUACGUGCUAAAAAGCCGAUAUAAACUUUAUAAAUAAAAGAUAAUGUAAAACGUAACAGAACGGCGAACAUGCAGAUUCAGCCAUCUCAAUAAAUGGUAAUGUUGGGAUAGUAGCGUUGCAGACUGCAGAGGAGAGUGGGCAGUAAGGCUUCGUCAUGCACCAUCCCAUGGAAAACCUGCACCCCUCCUUGCAUAUGAGGCUAGAUCCUCCCUUGCCUUCGUGACUUCAUCAAUUUCAAUUAUAAAUCAGGGUUCGUACAAAACUUGAAAGUCUUUGGAUGUCCUUGAAUUUGAAAGGCCUUGAAUAUCCUUGAAUUUGUAAAGAAGUACUUGAAAUGAUAUUUGUGAUGUUACUCUGGGUGUGGACUUGUAUAUCAGCAAAUUCAAGCACUAAAUACUGAAGAGAAGAUAUUAGAAAUAAGUAAAAUAUGACGCUGAAUUGUUCAAAACGCAACUUUAAUAAGUUUCAAACAGCUUUGUCAGAUAUGAACAUGUAAAAUCAAUUCAACAAAAAUCAAAUAAAAAUUUAAGGACUUUCAAGUACUUUUUGUGUGAGUUGGUGUAAUGUACUCAGGUGAAUAUGAUGUUUGUGAUGUUACUCUGAGUGUCCAUCCACACCGGGCAAGCUGAAAAGUUUGCCUGACCACGGUGGGAAUCGAACCCACGACCUUUGGGAUGCAUGGCCUUGAAUGUCCUUACUGUCGUUCCAAUUGAAGUGUUGCUCGAAUAUUGAUUCAAUACAUUACCUCGGGCUGACCAAUUCAUUUCAUCAAGUUCCUCGAGAUAUUCAUACACUUCCUAGUAUAAUUGUAAACUUCCUGUUGAAUAGUUUGAAUGCACCAAUCACCUUUGUUGUUUGUGCAACUAACCAAUCAUAAAUAGAAAGGAAGUGACCAGAAAUGAUCAAAUAUUUGGAAUUGGCUCUUUCACAGGAAGUGUAUGAAUAUCUCGAGGAACUUGAUCAAAUGAAUUGGUCAGCCCGAGGUCUAUUCUGUGCCGAGGUAAUGUAUUGAAUCAAUAUUUGAGCAACACUUCAAUUGGAACGACAGUAAAAAGUCCUUGAAUUUGAGUCUUCCUGACAAUACGAACCCUAAGAAAUAGCCAAACAACAUCAAAAUAGAACCGAAAUCAGUGACACUUUACCAUGAAAUGAUAUUUCUCACAGACCUUUCGUUAUGUUUUCUCUGUAGUUAAAGAUCCCGAGAAGGGCUGGUUCCCAAGGAACUGCGCUGUCCGCGUCGACGAUAAUGAGGGACUAGAAUCCAAUCAAGAGAAACCUAAAGAUCAAUAAACUACAGUCGCAACCCUAGGAGAAAUUUAGUUCAAAACUGAGAAUAUAGUAUUUGCCUUAUAAGGCUGAGUGUGUUGGUCUGUUGUACCAUAAAACAUUUGGUAAACUGUAUUUAUGGAAAGGUCCUUUUUGGCAGAAUAAUUUCUUUUUUAAAAAAAGUAGUUUGCCUAUGACAUUUCUUACAAAUCCUCAAACAGUUCUUACAAAUCCUUCAAAAUUUACCCAUGCAAAAUUCCCAAUGUGAUC